UCACUGUUAUAUGCUAAUUUUCAAGUUUUGCAUUUCUCCGUGCAUUUGAAUGAAAGUAUAAUGCAAAGGAACUAUACUUUAUAAAACCAAUAAUAUUAUUCUACUCUUUGCAAGCUUUUCUAUGUGUUUAUCUUUUGCGUGCAUAAACUAAAACAUAAAAGGUUAUACAAUGAAAGACAGUGUACCUAUCAAAACACAUAAGCUUAUUAUCAUUAGUUCGACUUCUGGUCGAGGGAUAGAAGGUACUAUGUCAAGGGUCGACUUUUUCUGUUUUCUAUUUUUUUUUUUCGCUCUUUUUAUAAUAAUAAAUAUUCUUAUGUCCCAUGCUAUCCAGUUGCUGCGGCCACUAAAAUAAAUUGUAUUUGCAUGGCUAAUUUGUAUUGUUACAUUUUUUUGUAAAGACCUCUAUUAACUGGACACCGGACUGAAUUGAUAAUAGUAGUAUUGGAUUACAUCCUUGGAAUGCAUACUGUAGUUGAUUGAUAAAGAUAAAUCAGUACAUUUGGCUGUCAAUAAACUGUAGAUUAGACUGACAUCUGGUUGGUAAUGAAAGGUAAUGAACUUGAACUCUGAAUAGCUUCCUUAACAACAUGGAGCUUUAUCACAGUACAGAGUACCCUCUGAUUGUUAAUAGUUGUAAACAAACAUUGUGCAAUUUUUACAAACCUCUAUUCAGCGGACACUUGGGAAGGUCCCGAAGGUGUUUGCUUAAUAGAGGUAUCACUUUAGUUGUUAUUUAUUUCCAUUAUUUCAAAAAUUGAGGUUCCUUCAAUAAUUCUUGCUAUCAUUUUUUUUUAUUUCAGAGCUUUCAUAACUGCUUUAGCAAAUGGAAACACAAUUCGAGUUUUUAAAGUGAACAAGAAGAAAGAUGGGUCUGGAGCUUCGGUUACUGGGGAAUUUGACUUUCCAGUCAAGCAUUCAGCAGAGAUAAUAAAUAUUGCUGUGGCCUCCAGUGGAAAGUUUAUCAUGUCUUGCUCUAGUGAUACAACUAUAAUCCUAUGGAAUCUGAAGGGUAUGUCUUUUCAUUAAAACACAUCAUCUUUAGGUCUAUAUGGCCAGCAUUAGCAUCAAAUUUCUGAUGAGGUAACAUGAAGGUGGAUUUCCAACACGUUUCAUAGUGAGAGCUUUUUAGUUGAACAUUACAGAGAUCACACCUUUCUUAAAGUCUAGUCACGUUAUAACAAGUUACACAUAUUUUUGUUCAUUUGUUCUUUUAAUAAAUGGUUGACCCAGCAGAUGAGAAUGUUAGUCAUUUUGGUUACUUCAAUUUUUAUUAAAACUCCUGGGUGUGAGCUAAAACUACUCACGCAUUCAAGUUUUGUCUUGUUAAGGACAAGUUGUUACUUUCCAAGUGAUAAAAUGCCACUUUAUGAGUGAUAAAAUGCCUUAUGUUUAUCUGAAGUACUGGAAAUUCUAAAAUUACAGUGUGAUCACAAUCUUAUUGUUUGCUAAUAUUACUGGUUAGUGCUGAACAGCAGCCAAUAUACACUUAGUUUUAUUUAUAUGUAACAGGUGAGGUGCUCUCCAUUAUUGACACUCAUCAGAUGAAUAACAGCUUUGCAAGUAUAUCUCCUUGCGGCCAAUUUGUCGCAUCUGCGGGUUUGUUCAAUAUUCUUUGUAUUGCAUUCUUUGUAUUGCAUUCUGUCUGAUCUACUGUAUCUAUUCUAGGAUUUCUCCAUUUUAUUUUAUUUUUCUUCAUGUACUGAAAGCUUCCUCCCUGAUUUUACAGUAAUCUGUAAUUUUUUUUUCUUUCCUUAUGUCAGGUUUUACCCCUGAUGUGAAACUUUGGGUAGUGGAGUUUACAAAGUCUGAUGAAUUCAAGCAGGUCAAUCUUUUUUUUUUUCACAAAAUAAGUUUAAAUUAUGUACCUGAUCCAAACUCUUUGUAUGGACCUAGCUACAGUUAAUUAAGUAUAGAAAAGGACAGUGCUUUGGAUUGUUUGAUGACCUGAAUUAAGAACAUAGUGAUGGGUAAUUGUAUCUGAUCAUAAGCAAAUUUUAAUAUUCAGCUUUGCCACCCUUAAGAUAGACUUGUUGAGUGCCCAGAGUUUUUUUUUCUGUAUGAUUUAUAUUUAAAGAGAAAGAACAGUGAUUGCAUUUCAACAGUUGAUCGAUAUGUCACAUGUAUAGGAUGUAACACAAGUGUUUUCUUUGCCUCUCUUGAUCAACAGCUUACUGUGCUACACCUUACUACUUUUCAUUAGUCAAGUUGAUCUCUAAUUAUGCUGUAUCCUUGGAAAUACUCUUACUACCUGUAUUUUUGUCUUUGGUAUCUCUUGUAGGAGAAUUUACUUGCAGAUUGAAGUUUAUUAUGUCUAUGACAUUUUUAAAUCUCAUCAUGUUGGACCGAUGGUGUGUCUAGAACACCGUACAAUCUAUAUCUUUUCAUUUCUUUCAUUGUUUAAACUAACAGGUCGACAAGAGCAAACUCGUUUUCAAAACAAUGGAACUGAUAUGAAAUUAAGUACAUAUCUUGCCUGUAAGUUUAAACUUUUAUAAUAUUUAUUUUGUGGCAGGUUUCAAGAGCAAUGGAGUUAAAAGGACAUACUGCAGGUGUUUAUCACUUUAGUUUUUCAUCAGAUUCAACAAGGUACGUGAACAGUUCUAAGAAUUAUACCAUGUUAAAUUAAAGGAGUAGGAUGCAAAUGUUUCAACUGGUUUUUGUGAAAUGAAACAGUUGAAAUUGGUAUUAAAAUUAAAUAACCCGAGUUAGUUUUUGUAUAGGUAAUUUUAGUGCUUAUUUUGUGGUCACCCUAUGUGAGUUGCCUGCCACAACAACUGUGGAGCAGAUAUUAAGUACAACUAAGAAAUGUUGGGAAAAAUAUCCAGGCCCCCAGCAUUUCCUAGCAUUUCUUAGUGUUCAAUAUCUUUUUCUUAUUUCAUCACACUUGGUAUAAUUUUGUUGUUUAUUACACCUGUAACCUAAGGCGUUGACAAAGGAACUGCAAAAUUAAGAAACAUGACCACAUUUUUAUACAGUAGAACCUCCCAUAAGCGACCACCCAAAAUGCAAAACCUUGGUGGUCACUUAUAAGUUGUGGUUGUCAGACCGCAAGGGCAAAAUGUUUAAGUCAACCUAUAAUGGAGGGUUCUACUUAUUCAAAAAAAUACUGGAAGUUGACUUUUCCAUGAAGAAAUCAUUAGCUAUCAGAGCUAUUCUAUUUCACAGUUCAUUUGCAGAAAAUUGAAAUUGGAGGUUGAAAACAGUCGAAAAUUCUAAAACCUAUCAGCUGAUAAGGUAAGGUGGUUGCGGUUACAAGAGGUGGUCAUUUAUGAGAGGUUCCAGUAUAAGGCUUUGACUGAGAACAUUUUUGGUGUUUUGGGAAGGUGGUCGCUUAUAGGAGGUGGUCGCACGUGGAAGUUUGAUUGUAUUAAAAGACAUGUUUUGACAGCUCGACCAUCAUGAAAUGUAGAGUUUGAGUAUGGGUUCACUGUUUAUGAGCCCAGAAGUCAAAUCAUAAGUUAAGAUUGACUAUGAUUGUGCAGCUAAAUAAAGUCCUGACUAGGACGGAUUGUUCAUGAUGUUUUGUCAUAAUUAGAGUCAAGGUGAGUUGUGUAUCAGCAUUGAAUCUUCAUCAUACACGGGUAAGUACGUGGUGUAAGCAUCAUAUAGUGGUUGACGUUAGUUAAUAUAAAGCCUAGCCUUCCACGCAGGCGUUUUUAGGGGAGCUCUUUUUCCAUCCCUCCCCACAAACGCCUGCUCAAUCAAAGACAACAUUCCUUUCCCAAGCUUAGCCAAUCACAUGGUACUUUCCAAAUUCUGGAAAGUUGACCUUGACUGCAAGGUAAUCUGAUAAUUACUCGAUCUGCAUGAAACACUGGAAAAACUUUCUAACCUCCAAUAAAUGCUAGAUUCAGAGCGGCAAAAAUAAGAUUUAAUCAAAUUUUAGAAUACUCCAUGCACUUCAUAACCUUAACGAAGGAAAGAAAAGAAGGAAAACAGUAACUGUAGGGUCACGUUUUAGUCGCGUUUAGCCUGUCAACACUUUAUUGCCUAACUGUUUAUUGGUCACUUACCACGCAAAUAAAACAAUGGGAAAGGAAUGUUGUUUCCGGUUGAGCAGGCGUUUGUGGGGAGGGAUGAAAAACAAGCUCCCCUAAAAAUGCCCGCAUGGGAGGCUAUAUAAAGCCCUACAUAACCACAUAUAGCCUACAGAGUCCUACAUAGCCCUACAUAGCCAUACAAAGCCAUACAUAGCCCUACAUAACCCUACACAGCCAUACACAGCCCUUCAUAGCCAUACACAGCCAUGCACAGCCCUACAUAGCCAUACAUAGCCCUACAUAACCCUACACAGCCAUACACAGCCCUUCAUAGCCAUACACAGCCAUACACAGCCAUACAUAGCCAUACAUAGCUAUACACAGCCAUAUAUAGCCCUACUUAACCCUACUUAACCCUACAUAGUCAUACAUAGCCCUACAUAGCCAUACAUCGAUUGCCCUACAUAGCCAUACAUAACCAUACAUUGCCAUACAUAGCCAUACAUAAGCCUACAUAGCCAUACAUAGCCAACUUAACCAUACAAAGCCAUACGUAGCCCUUCAUAGCCAUACAUAACCCUACAUAGCCAUACAUAGCAAUACAUAACCCUACAUAGACCUACAUAGUCAUACAUAGCCGUACAUAACCCUACAUAGCCAUACAUAGCCAUACACAGCCAUAUAUAGCCCUACUUAACCCUACUUAACCCUACAUAGUCAUACAUAGCCCUACAUAGCCAUACAUCGAUUGCCCUACAUAGCCAUACAUAACCAUACAUUGCCAUAUUACUAGUCAUACAUAGCCGUACAUAACCCUACAUAGCCAUACAUAGCAAUACAUAACCCUACAUAGACCUGCAUAGUCAUACAUAGCCGUGCAUAACCCUACAUAGCCAUACAUAGCCCUACAUAGCAAUACAUAACCCUACAUAGACCUACAUAGUCAUACAUAGCCGUGCAUAACUCUACAUAGCCAUACAUAGCCCUACAUAGCCAUACAUAACCCUACAUAGCCCUACAUAGCCAUACAUCAAUCGCCCUACAUAGCCAUACAUAACCAUACAUUGCCAUACAUAGCCCUACAUAGCCAUACAUAAGCCUUCAAAGCCAUACAUAGCCCAACAUAGCCAUACAUAGCCCUACAUAGCCAUACAUAACCCUACAUAGCCAUACAUAGCCAUUUAUAACCCUACAUAGCCGUACAUAGCCAUACAUAGCCAUUUAUAACCCUACAUAGCCGUACAUAGCCAUACAUAGUCCUGCAUAGCCAUACACAGCCCUACAUAGCCAUACAUAGCGCUACAUAGCCCUACAAGCCCUACAUAGCGAUACACAGCCCUACAUAGCGAUACCUAACCCUUCAUAGCCUUUAUACAUAGCUCUAUAUAGCCAUACAUAGACUCAUGACUCAUUGACUCAUUUGACUCCUCUUUACCAUCAACAAAGAGAAUUUCAUUGCUGAAGUGACCAGUGAUACAAGUUAGUUAGGAAAUCUAGGCGAAGCAAAGCUGCACAUUAAUUCAAAUGUUACACCAAGAGCAUUACCCUGCGGAAACUUUCCAUUUGCAUUGCAAGAGGAUGUCAAAAAUGAACUGGACUGACUAGUGGAAAUUGGAGUUUUGGCACCUGUAGAGGAACCAACAGAAUGGGUAAGCCAGAUGGCUGUUAUCAAGAAACCAGAUGGAUCGCUAAGGAUCUGUAUUGACCCUCAAACACUGAAUGAAGCUCUCCAACGGGAGCAUUACAAGCUCCCAACUUUUAAUGAUGUGUUGCCCACUCUGAACAAUGCCAAGAUAUUUAGUUAACUUGAUGUAAAGCACGCCUUUUGGCAUGUGCAGCUGGACAGUCAAUCUAGUCUUUUAACGACCAUGAUCACCCCUUUUGGCCGGUACCGCUGGACCCGACUCCCUUUCGGAUUAAAGGUUAGCAGUAAGAUUUUUCAAAGAAAGCUGAACGAGGCGCUCAGUGGCCUCAGCAGUGCUAUCUGUAUUGCAGACAACCUGCUAGUGAUGGGGUGUGGCAACACAAAAGAUGAAGCAGCUGCUGACCAUGAAUGAAACCUCUGAGAGUAACAGAAAUGGUGUUCACAGAGAAACAUCAUACUUAAGUCUGUCCUACGACAAACACAGGUUAAAUUCAUGGGUCACGUGAUAACCACUGAAGAAGGACAGGCAGACCAGUCAAAAGUAGAGGCAAUCCUCAAUAUGCCAGCUCCCCCUGACGUACAAUUCCUCCCAAAUCUUGCCAGUGAUUUACAGCCAAUACAAGAGCUAACCAGAUAAAAUGUGGACUGGAACUGGUCCGCCGAAUGUGAGGAAGCAUUCAUUAAAGUGAAGACGAUUACAGAGGGCCCUUUGCUCAUUUAUUUUAACCCAGAUAAGGAACUCGUCCUGCAAGUAGAUAGUAGUAAAGAUGGAUUGGUUGCUGCCCUACUACGGGAUGGGAAGCCUAUUGAAUAUGCAUCGUGAGCUCUGACAAGUCCAGAACAAAACUGGGCUCAAAUUGAGAAAGAGACAUUAGCGGUAGUAUUUGGUCAGAACACUUUGAUCAGUACAAGUAUGGUAGAAAGGUUGUUAUUGAGAAUGAUCACAAGCCACUUGCCGCCAUCCUCAAUAAGCCCCUCAGCCCAGCUCCUAAAAGCCUGCAAACACUAAUACUGCGGCUCCAUAGAUACGAUGUCGAUUUCCACGACAUGGAGGGAAGCAAGCUUUUCAUCACGGAUACCCUGAGCAGAGCCUAUCUUGAUGUCCUCGAUACCCAUGUGAGAGUGAUGAAAGUCAAUGCCUUAAAAGGAGAGUCAGAUGAGAGAAUUAAUGAAGUAAGGGAGGCAACUGCAGAGGAUGAAAGUAUGCAGAAGCUCCUUAGUAUCAUCAGGGAUGGCUGGCCUGACAAUAAGAAUGAAGUACCCAGUGAACUGAAACCAUGUUUUGACAUGAGAGACACUCUAAGCCAUCAAGACGGUGUUAUUUUGAAGGGAGAAAGAAUUGUGAUCCCAAAAUCGAUAAGAGACAUUACAAAGAAGGGGCUACACUCAGCACAUCUGGGUUACAACAGCAUGAUGAGAUGCACUCGCGAUACUGUAUUUUGGCCCGCAAUGUCACAUGAGAUACGCCAAGUGGUCGAAAACUGUGAAACCUGCCAGCUACACAAACCACGGAAUCAGAAAGAGACACUGAGACAACAUAAAGAGGAGGAAACCCAGUGGAGCAAAAUUGGCGUCGAUCUGUUUGAAAUAAAUGACAGAAAUUAUCUAGUCACUGUUGACUACUACUCAAAAUUUUUAGAAGUUGAUUACCUUUCCACCACAACCAAAACGACUAGGCAAGUCAUUACCAAACUCAAAGGACACUAUGCGAGAUAUGGGAUACCCCUACAGAUGGUAACUGACUCUGGCCCCCGGUUUCUCUCACGAGAUUUCAGGAAUUUCACGACGGAGUGGGCAAUACAACAUGCAACGUCAUCACUCGAACAUCACUAGUCAAAUGGAAAGGCGAGGGCCACAGUGGAGAUUACCAAAACGAUGAUGUCUAAAGCACUACGGGAUGGCACUGAUCAAUAUGAAGCCCUACGGGAAUUGAGAAACAUGCCUCGCCAGGAUACAGGCAUAAGCCCUGCUGAAAUGAUGUUUGGCAAAAAUACUCGAUCACUGCUACCGUCUACAGGAACCAAGAGCAUCCCAAGUGAAAAACAAGUUAUGAUGAAAAGAGCCAAGCGCCGCCUUCCCAUUAAGAGUAACAACAAAAAAGGUACCUGAGACCUGAAGCGACUCACCCCUAGUCAAUCAGUUUACUACCAAUACAAGGAAAGAAGGAGACCUGAACGGAGAAGAGGCAUUUUGUGGACUGAGCCACAGCGAGUGAUCCUACAUGAUAGACGGGAGAGAUGGUUUAUAUAGGAGAAACAGAGUGCACCUACACCCUACAACACCUGAAACGUCACCAGACAAAUCCUCCUCACCUGCUUCUCUUGCUUCUGCGUUGAAUUCACACAAACUGCUUGAGCACGUGAUCACUGAGAGGUUGCAGGAUGCCAACAGACUGAACAAGUCUCAAGCAGACAGUCCAACAAGGCACCAGCGAAUAAGGAAGGAACCUGACUGGUUCAAAGAUUACGAGUUCAAGUUUUAGUUUCUUGAACAUUUGCGCAUGUUGCAAAGAACUUAUAUUUAAUUAUCAAAGAGACACUUAGACAAACAACUGAACUUGUCUGUGUUAUUCGUUUUUGCUUUAUUUUAUUUAUUUUAUUUUAUUUGAGAAAGAAACAUGUUGAUACUAUGUUGCUGUGAGCCCGCAAGUUGGUUUUAACCAUAAGGGCCUGGAAACUAUAUAUGACAUGUGUGUAGGACCCACCAUGUUUUUUAGAUCUAAUUCUGUCUUUACAUACUUGUGAGACCUAGCUGCGUUGUGUUUUACUGCCUGAAGCAGCACUUGUCAACACACGAGUCACUUGGGAUCUGAUGCAGACUUUUCCACAGCCUAUCAGGGCUACAUCCACCCCCCAAAAAAACCUUUUUUGCUGCAAGAUAUGUUUUAUUACUGUCAAUGUUUUCACUGAGCAGUUAUUCAGUCAAUCCAAUAAUAGUUUCGUGGUUGUCAGGCCUCAUUUGAAGAACCAUAGGGGUUAUUGUUUCAUAAUUGUUUUUACUAGAAGUUCUCCUCAAAGUUGUCCACUACAUGUGGGAAGUUGAUGAUAGUACUAUUAAAGUGUUUUUAUUAUUAUGACUUAUUAUGACUGCAGUCAGUAGUAAUUACCAGCUGCUUCAUUGUUUCUACAGUAAUAUUUUUUAUGCUGAUUUCUUGUUUUCUUUGCUUGUAGCCAGUAGUAAAGCCCCUGAGUACUAAGUGUUUUUUUUUUCAGGAUGGCAACUGUAUCCAAGGAUGGAACUUGGAAAAUUUGGGACAUUGAUGGUGAGUCGGUAUGACUGGUUUGUGGUUGUGUGUGAUUACCUGUAAUAACUUUUUCAAUAACGUGACUCCAAAAGGGUACUCUUACUUCUCACUCAGCUCCUCUCACUGUGGACUGAAGCCUGUUUGAAUGGCUAAGUAAACACGGUAAUGAAGGGAGGAGAAAGAAAACAUGGACUUUGUUGCACAAAACACAAUACAUAGGAAGGUCAACAAUCGAUUUACUAUCAUUUCCCCUGGAACUGUAGUGAUAGUGAAUAUUCCUUGCAUCAGAUCUACAAGUACUUGUGCAGUCUACUAAGAGCAGUUGCCAUUUGAAAAAGCGUCUCUAGCGCCGAUUACUAUCGGUUAUAUUUAUAUUUAUCUGAGAUACACUAUAUAUUAAUUUAUGAAAGUCAAAGUUUUGUAAAAAAAAUGCACCUAUCAGUCUACCAACAUAUUUUCAAAAGAAACCUGCACCGCGUAUGAGAUGACCUUGACACAGCAGCCUUUUUUCUACCCUGCGCAUGUUAAGUGUAUAUCACCAUCAUUAAAACCUAUGAGAUUCCCUGAUUAGGAGCCCCCAUAAUAACCUGACAGCUGCUUAUAAAUUCUGGGGUAUGUUCCUCUUUGCCCAGACUCAAUUCAGCACUUGCUGUGUACCAACAUAUCGACCUAUUUUGCUACUCUCAGAGGACACAUUGUGGUCAAAACCACCUAAGUAUACCUGUGUCAACGAAAUGCUUUUAACUGUCACCAAAUGCCAUACUUUAACAAUAUACAAGAAACUGGGAGAUGCCUAGGUGACAAAUUUAAAGACCAUUUAUGCGCCAGAUGUCUACCUAACACUGAUCUCCCAAUUAACUGACUAUUUUUAUCCCCUGAUUACAACGUUGGGAACAUGCUGGUCACUGUGAUCCAUUCUGGCUUCAGCAGUGCAAUUUUUAGGCGCAGUGUUGAAAGUAGGAUGAUAUUUAAGCUCUGGACACUAGACCCAGUUGGUCGAAAGAUUGAUCUCAAUUGUAUUUGAGUAGUAUUGUAGGUACCGAAUUACCCCUUUAUGCGCAGGAAUUUCAUUAACUUGGGCAGGAAUUUAUUAACGCCAGUGACGUCAUAACCUUUUGUCAGAGGGCCAAAAAGGCAGAACAAAGUCAAAAAGGCCAACGUCAGGACAAAAGUGACGAAAAUAACUUGCGGGCCAUGUAAAUUAAAAACCUGUCUGGUAGAAAAACAACAAAAGGAGUGAAAACAAUUAAAAUGAGGAGGUGGAUGGAAAACAAUGGAAAUGAUGAGGAGGAUGUGGUGGUGGUGGUGUAAAGUUUUCACUCUUCACGAUUGAUAUCAUUACAAAUAAACUGUGUCAAAAUAAAAAGUCAAUGCAGAGUCGAUGCGGUGGAGGGAAAACAAAACUAAAAAAUGAAAUUAGAAAAAGAAAGUAAAUAAAAAGUGGAGGAGUAGGAGAGGUAUGGAGUAAGUAAGACAUUGUCUUACGUGCUGAAAGAACUACUUUGCCUUUGCCUUCAUUAAUAUGCACAAGAAUUAGUGAACCGGAACUAGGACAAUGACAGUGGCAGAAAAUAGAACGUGAAUAAUUACGUUACCGCUCAGCAUGUUUGACUUUAUUCCCCAGACACCAUGAAUUAACCAAUGAAAACGUUUCAUAUAUAUUCUCUAAUCAAUCAAUCGAAAACCAAGACAUUUACCGACCUAAAAGUAACUAGAAAACCUGUCAGACAGGUAAAACUAAUUGAAAAUAGCACAUGAUCUUAUCUUAAUGAGAUUCCACGGCAUUUUAUUUAUGAGGUAAAGACAAAAGGUUAUAACAUCAUCGGCGUUAAUGUAUUCCUACGCAAGGUAAUAAGAUUUCUGCCCAAAAAAGCAUAAUUAUGUGCCUACUAUACUACUUAUUUGAACCUCCAAAAGUCAGUGCAAGCAAGUAAUGUACGACACAUCUUUGUUUUGUAUUUAUAAGAUCAGUUGCACAUCCAUUUUUCAGUUGCUUAUUAACCACUCCAUGGUAUGACCACUGUAGCCUGCCACGAGUAUACAGCUAUAUCGAAAAAGGUUCCUUUGGUAAUUGGUCAUAAGUAAUUGGACAUUGGGCAUUUGGGCAUAUGGAACAAUGCAAUGAUUUACUUGGGUGACCACCAAACAAUAGCUUUCCAAUGCUCAAUUCCCAAAGGAACCUUUAUUGAAUCAGCUAUAUGUUAUGUUGUUGUUGUUUUUCAUUUAGUGGAGUUUAGUAAGAAACAGGACCCACACCUGCUCGUCACUGGAAUUUAUGAUGCCUCCUUUGGAGUUUAUAACAACAUGCUUAUUCAUAUGUCUCCGGAUGCGUAUGUGACAGCUAUUGCAAUGGGAAGGUCUGUAGGGAUUUUCAAUACAGAAAAUGGAAACUUGGAAGAACUUCUUGAAGGCGUACAUGGAGGUAAGAGAAAUAGUGACAAAUAAGAGUCACUUAACACACGAAUGGCAGUGAAUCAACCUAUCAACAUACUUUGUAAAACUGAAUGGAAAACAGUUUAAAGUCGCUAGUUAGGGCUUACGAGAAGAUGUCAGUAAGAAUGAAAGAUCGGGCGGACAGAGCUCAAAAUUUGAUUUCGCUUAUACUUUGUACAUAAGUAGGCCCAGGUACUAUACAGUCAUAUGAAAUCAAGGUUUAUUUCACUGAAUAAGGUUUCGUUUGAAAGAAAUCUAAUUUUAACUGUUUACGGUUUUUUUCGUCGUAAUUAUCACAAAGUUAUUAAGUCAUUUAGUCGAUCGUUCUAAAGUAUCUUUGCGGAUAUCCAGUUAAACUAAAGUUACUUUAGUCCAUUUAUUCCAAAAACAGCUCGCCAACGCUGCUCGCAAAAAAUGUAUGAGUUUUUGAGGAAGUACGCCAACAUCCUUUCUGAAUUUGGUUGAAUGGCUGGUCCAAACAACAAGUCAGAACGUGUCGCGGUACGCGACGAAUCUCACCAGGAAACCUUUUGGUCAUCUUUAAAGUAUAGUUUUAACUUUCUACAACUUUAUUUGUUUGGGAUCUUUUGUACUUUUUGGGCCAAUACUUCUUAAAGUGAGCACAAUUUCACCUUCCGCCAUGUUUGAAUGUCUUACAUCACGGAGACAGGCAAAACGGAAGUCACCGGUACGGAAUCAAACAGCACAAAGUUUCACCACUUAUCACUAUUAUUAUACAUUCAACUCACUAUCUCUUUUCUGAUUGGCCGAAAGCGUACAGUGAAUUUUCGAAAUCUGCACCUGGGACGUCAUCUAGCGGUAGAUUAUACAAUAAUCAUGUCAAGAAAAUUCAAGGUCACGGGUAAUCAUGUCAUUUAUGACCGCAGUGCAUGAUUUCUAAGGAUAAUCAUGUCAAGUUCACGCUUUGUGUUCCUUGCCGUCAGUGAAGAAGCAAAAACAUAACUUCCGGUCAAAAUAAAGAUUUCGUGAAUUCUUUUCCUCCACAUUGUUAAACCCAAAGGAAACGGAAUAUAAAGCUGAAGAUAUCAAUGCGGAAUUCGCUCACCCGUUUAUUCGACGUCUAAUGACGGUGUCAGAGGUCGGUGCAUGACGUGUAGGAAAUCAAUGUCACUAUAUCAUGCAUGGAAUCACAGUCCUGAAUAAAACCAUUGCCAAAUUGCCGUUAACUUUAAAAAUCAAAGGCUCCUAGGAGCGAGCUCAUGGAUGAAUUGAAUCGUAAACGUGCAUGGGUGCAAAGUGCCACUGCUCUUGAAUUUCGUGAUUAGAUUUCGUUAUUGUUGACAACCGAAUGUUGAAGAUUAUCACCUCUUUACUUAUAGUAACUCAGGAAGGCUUGAGAAACAUUCCGUUUUGAAAUUCAUUUGUUUUAAACUGCUUGGGCACUGUAACAUAUUCACUUUCCGGAAAGGAUCCUUCUUAGUUUUUUUUUAUAUUUCAUGACUUUCUCUGUGUGUUGGUUAAAUGAUAGAUCAUGUUUACAUUCUUUAGCAUUUGGUUUUUGGCAUCUGCUUUUUGGCAUACACUGUCGGUUUUGAAAAGCAUUUCGUAUUUCGUCAGCAUUUCUUCGCUAACUUUUUGGCACCUCUAUGGCACUCACGCUUAUCCUUGCCCAAAGCUGUACGUGUUCUGACCUUAGGAAUCCAAACCCGACACAGUCGAAUGUCCGAUUGCAUGUGCACUUGAAUAUUCUAGAAACUUAUCGGCGCAGCAUUUUAUUUAACGCUUUUUACUUGUAAAAUAAUACGAUAGUUCUUUCAAACUCCUGUCGAUAGCAUCUCCUCCGGGCAUCUUCUCCAUAUCAAGUAAUAUCGGGAGCAAAUGUGCACAAUUCGCCCAAAUAUACAACAAUGAUCCACGCGCAAUUAUUUCAAAGUCCUUUUAACAGUUCCAAGUCCAUCAUUCCAUGCAGAUGAUAUUGUCAGUGUUCUUUAGAAUAUUUCCAUUUAUACAAAUCCCAUCUUCGGCUGGCUACUCUUUUGUGUCGGGGAAAAAUGUACCCCUUACUAGUACCCUCUAGAAUAUGCCAAACAUAUGCGUAAAAGGCACAAGAAAAAUGCGGUGCCACUGUUGAAAUACAAACAUUGAUCGCUGACAGAAAACGUUCGUCGUGACUCUUGUCAAAACAAAGACAAUAGUUAAUACAUUAUACAAACUGCUUUUCAAAAUCAAGUGACAGCUAUACCAGCAAUACUAGUGAAUUUUAAGUGAAUUAGGUAGCUAUUUGUUCACAAGUUUGUCCAACAAACUGAUCGUCUGAUCAGUGCUUUAGAUUGUCACUAGAUUGGUCUUGUUGCUGUCUCAACAUCAGUUGUUGUGACGCCAAGAGUUGCUGUUCCUGCUGUUGUUGUUGUUCUUGCAUUAGCCGCAUCAUUUCACUUUGAUUCGGUUAAUUAAAAUACCCACAUGAUCCCUUACGGACCUUUUAUCCACAGCAAAGACAGACUUGGGACAGGUAUUCAAAGUGUUGGCUAUUCUAUCCCAAAUGUCGCUUCUUUGCGACGAACCCUUUCUUGUUUUGAACGGCUUCUCGGAAAAACCUCUCUGCAUAACAGGACAUGCACGAGCGAACAGGUCAUGUAGUGUAAUGACGCACUUUUUUUCUUGUCAGACAAAAUCAAACAAAAGUUACUUCUUGUAUUUAUAUUUCAAAUUUGAGUGAAAUUAGUUAUAUUUAAGCAGGACAGGAAACUGAAUCUUCUAAUAAACUAAAUUGGACUUACUUGCAAGUUUUCGACUUUGGUAUCGACUUUGGUAUCGACCUCGUCGGGUCUGCGUGUUGUCCAUUCAUCAUAGCGAUAACCAAUUGACCUUCAGUAAAAGGCAAAUUAAAAUGAAGAAGAAGACGCGUUGCAGUUAAGCGCCAAGCAUGCGCAGUGAAGCACUUUGUGAGCAAAUUACUUCCGGUGACGUUUCAGGCUGCGUCGCGUUCUGGUUCGUAAAGUCCCCAGUAACAUAGAGGCAGUGACUUUUGUGUAUUACCAAGGUAAAUCUCACUUGCACUUAUAAUUUUAGACUCAUUUUAUCCAAAAGUAAGACGAUUUUUGCACGGUACUUUCUCACAGUUUCAAUAUGGCGCUCAUCGAAAGAUCUUGCAAAUUGGCAAACUUCGGGAAGGUCGUAUCGAAAAACUGAAAAAGAUCCCAAAGAAAUGAAAAGGAAAUAUAAAACAUCUAUCCUUAAACUGUAGAGAAAGCAUAUUCUGAGGAUUUAUUUUGGCGUACCGACCGGGUUUUUAGGCAGGUCUUUUAUGUCACUCUAGAACCAUUCAGAAAAGGCAACGAAGUGCUUUCAGCGAAACACUCUCCACGGGUCGUAUAAAGUAAAUCAUCUGUCAAUAUACACAAUAUUUAAUUCACCAAGGGGCAAGCUAUUUCUUCAUAGUAAGAAAUCAUUUAUAGGGUUUAUCCUGCUAACUUGAGAGAGUCACGAAUAUGUGAAAUUUCGGUUCAUCAGAGGUCAUUUUGGUUCAAAACGGACCCAACCGAUUUUAUUUAAUUUCCCAUAUGAGAGCAAAAAUUAGACUGAACUAACCCUAUUUUGUUAACUACUAUACAAUACUCUAUCAGUGUAAAAAGUAUCAGCGAAAACGAAUCUUGAGCUGUGUCCGCCAUUUGGGGGUUAUCUCCGAUUCUUACUGACAUUGACUCUUAAAAAGGACAAAUUAAUCGCUGGAAACACAUGAAAAGCCGCUCUUGUUAAAAGGGACAGAUUUGUAACGAAAAGAACAACAAUGAAAAGCACAGAAAUUAUGACCUUUUAGUCUCUCAAACUGUGAGGCUCAUAGCGAGAUGCCCGACUAAAACAGACGUGGAAUUUUCCUUUCUUGAGUCCAGAAUCGGUUGUUUAAGACAAAAUCUCUUCAACUAAACACUCACGAAGCGUUUUCAUGCUUGUACACAAUAUUCUUAUAACACGAGCACCACAACAUACCUGUGUGAAUUCUGUCUGUCAACAAAUUCAGGAAAUCACACAAUUAACCACGUUCGCGGCACUGAUAAAACUAUCCACAACCAACCAGGCACAAUAACAUUAAUACGGGCAAAAUAUCAUUAAAAUAUCAAAUUAACCGACCAUGGAAAACAACUUCUACCGUGUGCACUGAUUUCAAGUGUAACUGUUUCAUGUCACGCAGAGGGAUGGGAAAUGAUAUGUAGGGGAGGGGUGGCGAAAGAUGUAAACAGCAUUAAAAAUAUGUUUUUUGUUUUUAGUCUACUGCAACUUGUUACGGGUUUUUUGUACUGAAAACAUAAGAAAAAAAAUGGUCAAGUACUGAACAAGCCUCAAAUGAGACAGUUGCUAAAAAAUCCUGGAGGUACCUUUUUGCAAAUCCAGAGAGAUUUCCAUUUCGUUCCAUGAAACUAUAACUACAAGCUUUAGGACACAGCUGAGACAUUAAUUUGUAACACUUUUCAAUGUAAUCUUUAUAAAUUUAUAAUUAUUUGCACAUAAUUCUUCCUUAUUAAAUUCACGAUAACGUCUCGCACUAUUGUUUAUUUUAGGAGGUAGCUAAUAGCAUUUAAAGAAACAAGAGCGGAAAUGUUUUCAGGUUUAAAAUCAAUCAGAAAUGAGAACAAAGGCCAUACACAGAGAGAGACGGUAACAGUAGGUUCAAACCAACAAAUUUCGCUAAGCUACCUCACGAAAUAACUAUAAAAUCCAAAACUGCGAUAGUCGUUGUUCGCGGCUAAAAGAUGCAUCAGGAAUUGACCAGUAUUUCACCUUUUUCGUCCUUUUCUUUUCAACAUACGACAUUUUUUUCGUCUUAUUAAACUCGUCAUUUUGCUUGGUACGCUUACUUUCCUCUUUAGUUCAACGUUCCCCUAUAAGUAAUGAAAGCUGAUCUCCAACAGACACGUAACAAACGUUUCUCAACCGUGCUUUGAGAAUCCUGAGAACUUAGCCAAAGUUAGUGGUCAAUUGUGAGUUAACCUACCGUAAAAUUCCGAAAAUAAGCCCCGGGCCUUAUAUUUUUCAAAGGCCCUUUUUGAGGGGCUUAUUUUUGGAGGGGCGAUUUAACGGAAAGUUUUUGCGUUACCGGUUUGAGGGGCUUAUAUUUGGAGGGGCCUAUUUUCGGAAUUUUACGGUAUUCCUUGUUUUCUGUAGUUCCUUAUAUUUUGGUAUAUUUCUGAGGGACACCAAGAGCAGUGUAUAGGAAUUGUGCUAAGCUCAAAAUCAACAGAAAAAUAUGAAAUCCCUGACUAAAAAAGUAUUCCAAACUAUCUCCAUCUUCUCUAUUUGCUUACUUUUGGAAGUACAUAAGUAGGUUGAUUAUGAUCGUCCGGGUAAACGAAUAGGACUGUUGUUGACAGUGACUGACGUUUCGACAAGCUGUGCGAUAUUUCAGAGUCUGAAGAUGACUUCACUUUGACCGCCUCCCCGGCUAUAAUUUCAAGAGAAUGAGACUUUUACUGUUAUAGACAAUUAAAAAAUGAGAAGAAAACCAUUUGAAAGAGCAUCACAUUCUAUUUGGAGGGUUCGGUAUAAAUACUAUGAGGAAGAUCAUAUGAGGCCCCUGUGUAGACAAGCCUGCAAUGUGGGAUUCAGCACCUUGGUUGGUUCAAGUUGUAUGUUGUAAUGGUUUGACUAUGAUGGGGUUUAAUACAAACUCGGUAGAGGCGGAAGGACAGUGUAAACGGUUAUAAAAGUAGAAUAAAAUCAGCGUUGAUGUCUGCAAAUCAGUGUGACAAAGUUGUCUGAAACUGGGACACUAACACUAACAGCAUGGCGAACUCCCUAAAACAUGCAGUAUUGAAUUAUGAAUUCAUCAUAUGCCACCCAGGCUACAAUGAUGCACUGCCUUUUCCUUACAUUAAAGCUACUCAGUACAGUCAACUCCCUUUACAACGGACACUUUAGAGACCUUGAGUUAGUGUCGUCAUUAGCGAGAGUUUGUAAUAGCGGAAGUUUAUUUCAGUCAAACGUCUGUAAUUAAUUUUUUGCCCGGGAUUUAGCUGCUGUCCGUUAUAGCAGGGUGUCCGCAAGGCGAGAGUUGACUGUAUCAGGCUGCUAAAGCGAUACGUCUAUUAGGCUACCGUCGCCCCUAAUGUCCAUGUGGCCGCUUUUCCAUUGGCAACGUAAUCGGCUCAACGCAGAAAAAGAGGUUUCUAGUAGUGCAGUUGGGGGUUUGGCCAUUAAUUCUUUCCAGACUUAUACAAAUUGCUGUAUAUUUCAAGUACGUGAGCAGCGACCAUGACGAAAGAGCGAGAGUCCUCUGCACUUGCUCUGAUGAACAGUGCAUUACACUAAAUUGGCCUAGAUCCAACACUCGACACCCUUGCACGGAAGCAUUCAUGAGGUCUUCUUCUAACUAAUAUUGACUGAGUAAACGGCAAAUCACAAGACUACAAUGUGUGUUCUAAUGUAUUCAACGAUUAUCGGCAUAUACAUUUUGAAGUCUUCACUGUAAGCGAAAAAAUGCUACAACAAGUUGCAAAAGUACCUGACACACUGUACCGUAUUUUGGCAUAAAUGACCUGUCCAUGAUCUUGUGCUUGUGAUCCCCCCUGCACCCCUUACCAAAGUUGCUAGCAAUACAAAACCAUGCUCAAAACUUGGAGGAACAACUUUGAAUGGGAGGGAGGAGGGAGGUCAGUGUUAUAUCUCACAGACCUGUGACCAGGAGCGAUUUGAAGCAAGAAAGGUCAUUUUUUCGCGGGAGUGUCUCAACAGUUUUGCAACUGGUUGUCUGAGUCCUUCAUACCUCUAUAGCCGUGGUGCACGAUUAUUAUUUUAUUUAUUUAUUUAGUCACUCACAAAACCUUAUACAACAUGAGCAAAAGGUGUUAAUUAAAUUAUAAAAUUAAUGUGACAAGGAAGCCUAACGAAGCUUGAAGCUUAUAUUAACAGGCUUCCUUCAUCUACCUAGUGAACUUAACUCAUGGCUGAGUGCAGAGUGAGCAAGAUCAGAAAAUAAAGCGACAGAUCGGCUAUCAGUGAGAUAAUUCUUUAAAUUUUUUUAAAAACAAAUAUAGAAGGAGAGCUAAUUAGUGAAACAGGCAACGAAUUCCAGAUUUUAGGUCCUCGGUAAAGGAUACUGAAUUGCGUUAUAUUUGUUCUACAAAAAUGAGGUCUAUACUGAGAGGCUAGUCACGUUUCGUAUUGAUGGACUUCAUUACUACUUAAGAACAAGUCAUUAAAGCUACUACUAACUAGGCAAAAGAUUAUGGUGAUAAGAAUACAUAAAGGUAGCGACAGAAAAUGAAUUAAUACUAAAUAUGUCAAGGACUUUAAGCUGGCUAAAUAAAGGGGCGGUAUGUCAUCAAAGUUUGGGAUGAUAGGUAAAAGCGGGCUUUCGCAAUGAUUCCCGCACUUUGCGAAAUUUCUUUUGAGACGAAAUCAAUAUGUGGUUUCCAAGAGAGAUGCUGAUCAAUAAGAACACCUAAACAUUUUGUCUCCAUGACAGGUCGAAUUCCACUGAUCAGAAACGAUGACCUUUUGAACUUGUUCAAGUGAAUAUCUGUUUCCUAGGAAGUCCGCUAACAUGAUUGACUGGACAGAAAAGUGCUAAAGAAAUUCUUUAUGUUUAGAAACCUUGGUCAUCUAAUCAGAGCUAUUAGAUCAAAUACGAACUGGGGACUGCUCAGAUCCCUUAAUAAUGCAUUGAAAGAUUGGAACUCCCUCAAGUAGAGAGGAGGCGUUUAGCUUGCCGCCCCUUGAAAAUAUUUCUCAACAAAUUUAAAUCUCAAAAAAAGGUUCUAGGAUUUUUGAUUCCAGUUUUCGUAGUACACACCCGAACGCUCCGUUACUAACAACAAACUCUUGUAUGCAAUAAUAAUGUAGACUUAACAAACCCUCUCAGUCUUCAGUGUAUUUUUCAGUUUACAUUUUACAAAAGGCACUUUCAACGUCAAGGUAAAAAAUAUUUAGUUCAUUCCUUCUAAGACAUAAUGAUAGCGAGUUCAAAAUCUUACAAUGUCAAAUUUUCACACAUGGGUCCGGGACCAAGCUUUAUUGCAGCACAACCUUUUCCAAUCAUCGUCAUUUCAAUCACAUUUGUGGAGAAUCUUACUCGUUAUUGUGUAUAUCUCAUAUUUUUAGAACAGCCAUGGUUAUCUUGAAGUCUAAUUUUGUUAUUCUACUGUGUUGUUUGAACAACCCACUUGCAGAUGACAUUACAGCUAUUGCAUGGCAUCCAAGCUCACGUUACCUGGCUACUGCAGGAGGUGGAGACCGUCAAAUCCGAGUAUGGCACAAUGCAGCUGGGAUCAGGGUGCAGAUUGAAGAUCUACAAGGACGAAUAUUCCGAUCAAGGAAUGAAAAUGUCAAGGUAAGAACACUAAGUCAUGAAAGUAGGGGGAUUGUUGUUUAGGAUUGUGCCAUGGCUGUAUUUCAUUACAAUUCACAAUCUGCCAUCGCCCUCUGUUGGCUCAACAUAAUUUAUCGGUCAGUGAGAGUGAUCAAUAACACAAAUUGAGAAACAAGCCACUGCAUAUUCCAGAAAAUGAACAUUUACUUAGCUGGCAUUGUGAGCAAAAGGUAAUGGGUUCCUCUAGAUACCAACCCCGCUUUGCAUGAAGGACGUUCAAAGGAAGUACAAAUUUAAUAACAUUGCCAAAUUAAAUCCACACGACAAUUAUAUAAAGCAUAGCUUAAGUUACACUCUACAGAAGUACUUAUUUAUGAAAUUCACUGAUACAAUAUAUAAGAAACAUCACUUUCAAAGAAAAAAGAAAUUGAUCAUAUAGAUCAUCAGUUUUCCACUUUGUAGUCUUGUUGAAUAGUGAAUGAUGUGAAUUUAUACGGUUGUAUUUGAUAUUUGUAGAACUUGUGUGCAUGCUUAACAAAUAGAUCUGAAAUUGCCAUGUAGCGAUUCGAUAAUAGGCAAGGUUGUUCUAUGCUGCUCUAAGCGUUUUUGUGUAGCAACAAGCUAAGUUUACAUUCUCACUUAAUCCGUACUGUUAGAUGGUCUGCACAGUGGCUCCUAAGCACUCAACGUUUAUAUUCCUUUGCAAUGCAAAAUAUUUUCCCAUUAUACAAAGUGUCUCCACACAUUUUCAUUUACAUGAAAUGUUAGCCUGUCAGGCUCAUAAACAUUACCUUCUGAUGUGUCUUUACUCUACCGCACUUUAAUGUAUCUUGCUGUCAAACGUGCCACUCUUCACAGGCCAGCGCUCAGAAGUAUUGUCUACUUUCAAACGUGGAAAACGUUUUACACCGUAAUGUAAUCUAGUGGAAUUACUGUCUGUUAAUGUAUAUUGUAAUAUGACACGUUUAGAAUUCUUUUUCUUUUUUCCUGCGCUACCCAGUUCAUUUGACUUCACCCUUGUUUCUUAUUCACUGAGUUUAUAUUUUUGUCCUUCUAGCUGCUUACAUAUAUUUUUCUUUGUUUUUUUCCUACUACAGGAGAGAUUGGAACAGCAGGUCCUUGAAGCCAGGUAGAAACCUUGUCAUUUUUCGUGUUCAACUGCUUAAAUUAUAUACGUAUACUCUAUCUAUUUGAGACCUAAGAUAUGUUUCGACUGGCCUACUUACUUUUACUUACUUGGAGACAAAUUUAGCUGGCAACAGCCACCAUCCUUCACUUUGUUAUUUUUUUUAAGACUUUGCAGUCCAGACCUACUGUGCAUUUCCUCACAUGUUUUAAUUAUUUACAUUUUUUUCUUGACUUCUUACUAAAUUUGGAUAUUUCUUUCUUAUUCUGCAAUAACGAGAGCUAUUUUCUUUCCAGGGCGUCACUGGACAAGCUCAACGUCAGUAGCUAAGAAAAUCAAAAACAAAAAUUAAUGGUCAAAAAAGUUAAUGGACAAAGUUAUAGAAGCAUUUAAGAGUAAUUUUUACUUCUUCAAAACAAAAAUUCUGCAAAAUAGUUUUGUUAAAGAAGAAACUAUUUAAAAACAGCGGAAAGCCAGGCGUAAAUUAGCCACAAAUAACAGAGAAGACUUAUCCCAAAGAGACCUAUCCCAAAUGAUCUAAUAGACGCUCACUCUCAAAUAAACGCCUGGGCCCAGUUGUUCGAACGCGGGUUAGCGCUAACCCGGGGUUAAAUUUUAACCCCAUUUCUUUUUCUUUUUAUCAAAAACACUCUCUCGGAUAAUUUUCUCUAUUUUUUUAGCAUAUCCAAUCAUCAAAUUGUAGGCAAAGAGAAUUCAAGUGAAUUGGCUUUUUAAGCUCUCAUAUCUAAGUUCAAACUUUGCACUAACCCUGGGUUAUCUUAACCCAGCUUUGAACAACCCGGCCCUGUUGUGUAAUAAACGCCCCUCCUAAGAUGUUAAAUUUUUAUUAUACGCCUAUCGAGUUUAAAAUUCGGAUGAGCUUACAAAGACAACAUAGCGUAAAAUUCGGAAAAUAAGCCCCUCCAUGUAUAAGCCUCUCAGAAUAUAAGCCCCCCAAACCGGUAACGCAAAAAACCCUCCGUUAAAUCGCCUCUCCAAAUAUAAGCCCCCUGGCGACUUGUACUUGGAAAAUUGCCCUCAAAUACAAAGUGAAACAAAGCAAAAACGGUAAAUUUACUUCCAAAUAUAAAGCUAGCCCAUUCGAUUUUGAAACGCAAAUUUCUCUCUGUAGAUAAGCCCCUCAAAAAGGGCCUUUGAAAAAUAUACGCCCCGGGGCUUAUUUUCGGAAUUUUACGGUAGUGACCCAGAACAUUCUGACAUCGAAGUUGAAAUUUAAAGGAGAGAUAUGGAUCUCUAUGUGGUGGCCUAGACUUGUUAAUGAAUGGACUACAAUUAUAGAUAUUCUGCUAUUAUUUAUAAACUCUUUCCCCGUGGGUUUAUCAGAUCAUUUACGGAAAGCAUUGAGAAUUUUAAGCAACCUAUACAUCUCUAUUUUCUUUUUACUUGAGGCCUUUCUGAUUUUUGUUAAUAUUAUUUAAAUUUAAAAAGUUAACAUACUUUACCAUCCAUAAUAAAAAGG